AUGGCCGUCGAGUCGCCCAUUUCCACGCUCGAUGGCCACGGGAAGCGGUCGUCUGUCAUCGUCUGGCGCAUGACGGACGAGCGCGAGUACAUGGAGAAGGACGACGUUGCCGUUGCCUCUGCUCGGCGGCGGCGUCUGCUCGUCGUCGUUGCCGGUCUCGUCCUCGUCGCGAUCGGUGUCACGACGACGCUGAUCGCGACAACCGGCACCAAAGAGGCCUCGACCGCCUCGGCGUUCGCACUGAGCUCCACCGGCAGCCCGGUGCCGGUCGUGCUGCCGCAAGACACCGAUAAGAACUCAGAGGCCUUUGCCGCGAUCGUCGGCACACUGCCGUCGACGACCGAGCCGCCCAACGGGUCGCAUCUGAUCGAGUCAAGCAUUUAUGGGACGCCAACACCGACAGUCAACGAAAUGGCAACCCCGGUACCGACCACCGAGACACCGGCCCCCACGACGGUGACACCGGCUCCGACCACUGAAACACCGACGCCGACGACGGUGACGCCGAAACCCACGACGACGACACCGCCCCCCGCCCCCCGUGUCCCCAAGAAUGCGAUCCGCGUCCAAAACAACUGCGGCAAGGACAUUGAGCUCAUGUACAUUUUGCGGGUGGGCGACAAGCACCCGGUCUAUUACGAGCCGAUCAAGAAGGGCGGGUACUACGACAUUCACGGCAGCCGGUACGAUGGCGGCACCCUCCGCGUCGGGCGGUCCGAGAGCGCGACACUCUUUGAGUUUAGCCAUGACCGCGGCAAGCACUGGUACGACAUUAGCGUCGUGCCACCGGGGUGCGACGAUGGCCACCACUCGUGGAAAGAGUGCAUGGAGUACAACCGCUGGCGCACGGGCUUCAACGUGCCAAUGAAGGUCGAGGUGCAAUCGUACACCAACCACCAAGGGUUUCGGUGCCGCAACCUCGAGUGUCACCACGAGCAGUGCCCCGAUGGCUUUUUGUACCCGGCCGACAACCUCAAAAACAUGGACUGCCCAUACGACGAGUCGUUUCUUGUCACAGUGUGCUAA